AUGUUGCACAGUCACCUUUCUUGCGUCGGUCAUCCCAUCGUAAGAUCUGUGUGUGUUGGAACUUUGAUGCAAGGCAUCAAAUACCAACUAUUCAAACUGUCUUAUUGCGCUUCUGCUGGCGCAAUCAAACGUAAAGUACUUUUGUCUAGUAAACGAGCUAGUGUAGAUUUGACUAUUGGCAGCGAGAAUGUGUAUUUGCCAGCUACCAUCGUGUCCGUGAGUAUUCCCACAAAGAGGCUCACUCGGUUCGAUCUAGCUCAUUCAAAAAAUUUAAAGGUGUCUUCAGGACCAUCUCCCCACCAUCUUCAGCCUUAUCACAGCGAAGAUGAGAAGCUCAAUCCGCAGAGCGGCGCCGUCGUCACAAAUAAAGAUCAAGCACAAAUCAGCCAAUUUUGUUGA